CGGAAACAUUUAUUUGAAUGUAAAAAUCAUGAAAUGUCCCUUUAAGACCUCGCGUUACGUCAGGUACUCGAUAAGGGUCACGUGGUCUACGUCAGAGGGAACAGCAAAAAGAACAAGAUGGAGGAAUAUGCUAGAGAACCAUGUCCCUGGAGGAUCGUGGACGACUGUGGGGGAGCCUUCACCAUGGGAGCUAUUGGAGGAGGAAUAUUUCAGGCAGUGAAAGGCUUCAGAAAUGCACCCUCAGGAAUGAACCACAGGAUGAAAGGUAGCCUGACUGCAAUCAAAACCAGAGCCCCACAGCUUGGAGGAAGCUUUGCAGUAUGGGGAGGCCUUUUCUCCAUGAUUGACUGUGGUUUAGUAAAAGUACGAGGAAAAGAGGAUCCCUGGAACUCAAUUACAAGUGGGGCCAUGACAGGAGCCAUCCUUGCGGCAAGAAAUGGACCGGUAGCAAUGGUGGGCUCUGCAGCAAUGGGAGGAAUCCUGCUGGCUUUGAUAGAGGGUGCAGGAAUCUUGCUCACUAGGUUUGCCUCUUCACAGUUCCCAACUGGGCCCCAGUUUGCAGAGGAGCCCGCCCCCGCUCCAAUGCCCGCCUCUUCCUUCGGAGACUACAGACAAUACCAGUGAAAGGACUGCCCUGCUUCUUUUCCACUAGGCCUUUUUCUAAAUCCUUGCUGAAGUUACAAAGAAGAAAUGAAGAUGUAAAAUACCACACAUGAAACCAUAACAACUGCACCUGACUUUAUGGACUGUGUUAGGAGACGUGAAGGACUAAAUGCAUCUUUUAAUUUCCUCCUUUAAAGAGCCAUGUACAGUUCUGCCUUUUGCCAUUCUCAGCCUUGUCAUGUGCAUCUGUUAAUCAUAACAAUCGUUAAAUGCAGUCAUGUGGUGAGGGUUGUUGUUUGUGGGGACGAGGUGUGUUUCUGUUUUUGUUCAUAUUGAGUAUGUACGGCAUGGAGGUAAAGACUGACAAGUGCUGGGUAAUAUUUAAUCUAGCAAAAACCUGCCACACACACGGAACUUCAUGAAUUAUAUACAAGUGGUAUACUUAUGUGUAUAUAUACAGUAAAGGGAUUCUGGUUGUAUUCACCCAUGUUAGUCUUUGUUUGCCUUUAAAAUACGUCACCUGCUUGGGCUGGCCACUGACAUUUGGCUAGCCUUUUAUAUUUGAUUUUAAUCAGAUUUAUGAAGGCAAACAAAUCAGAAGCAAUGCUAUUCCUAGUUUUUAUAAAGAGUGAUUUAUUUAUUUUAGUUUGUGAAAAGUAGUACCAGGCUGUUCCCUUUUUAUGUGACCAUGCUUUUACAUUCAACACAAAGUUGUGCAAGAGGCUGCUGAUCACAAAGGAUGGCAUAGGCAGUAAAUGAACGGAGAAUUUCAAGCAAGGGAUUGAUGCAUACUGUAUGAAAUCUGUAUGAUCGAUUGACUAUGGUACAAUAAAUAAAUAAGUUGUUAAAAGUGUCA